AUGUCUUCUUCGUCUGUGCUUGUUAAUCGCAGCAAUAAUGGAACUGAAUUGUCAAGAUCAACUUCUACAGGGACUAUACGGCCAAGGCAUAUACUAAUAGGAGCUACAGGCAGUGUAGCAAGUAUAAAGAUACCUCUCCUGCACGAUGAAAUGGGAGUGGAGAUACGAAUAGUCACUACAGAACAUGCUCUUCACUUCUUUAAACCUGACGACGUCAAACCGGCUGAGGUUUUGACUGACGCGGACGAAUGGAAGGCAUGGAAGAAGAUGUCAGAUCCAGUCAUACAUAUCGAUCUACGAAAUUGGGCUGAUUUGAUGGUUAUUGCACCACUAGAUGCCAACACACUCGCUAAACUCGCUCAAGGACUAUCAGACAACCUACUUACAUGUAUAUUACGAGCAUGGGCACCAACAAGACCCGUGCUGAUAUGUCCAGCAAUGAAUACAUACAUGUGGGAUCAUCCAUUCACUGCCAAACAUUUGAAAAUCCUACAAGACGAAUUGGGCUAUAAAGUCAUACCGCCUAUAUCAAAGAUAUUGGCGUGUGGAGAUGUUGGAGUAGGAGCUAUGGCUCAAGUAGAUGAGAUUGCAAGGGUUGUAAUGGAGACGCUGGAUUCAAGUGUAUGA